AUGGAAGAAGCUGAGGAAGUUGGUCCUCGCUAUAGGAUGUGUUUGUUCCUCUUUGGGAAUGUUGAUAAACGGGGCCAGUUAGAGGACGAAUACGCUGUUGAUGAGGAGCUGUCUUCAAUAAAUCACAUUGACGCAUGCCACGUAAAUGAGGUUGAGGCGAAUAUUAAGACGAUCGUUUCAGAUAUUACUGACGGUUAUUCCCCUGUUUCUCAUGAUACCACUGAAAAUAUUGUUGACUCACUCCAACCCAUCGAAUCUAAAGACUACUAUGAUGAGUCAGAACUGAUUUGUCUUGAUGCCAUUGAAAACUCUGUUCCUGGUGUGGUGAAUUCUGAUGAUGACUACGGUGAACCGGUACAAACUUUGGAAGUCACAGCCUCAGUUAAAACGGAGGGAAUUUCUGCCUUGGACAAUUUUUCAACAAGCAACGCGCUGUUUUCGAGCUCUCUAACAUCUUCAGUUUCACACUCAACGCACCCUUCAUCUCUUCCUCCAGUUGUCUUUUCCGUAUCCAGAUGCCGGCCAGAACCCUCACCUCUGACUGCAGAGCAGCUAUCAAUUGAUUCUCCAAACCUCGACUCUCCUUCUUUAGCCAAACAGGAGGUCGAUGCCGCGACCGUGAUGAUGCCACCCCCUUUGCACCCCGCUCCCAUUGCUGUUUCACGUCAGCAACAUCGCAUGGUCUCGCCACUUGGCAAAACAGCUCUGAGCCAUGAUGGUGAUCCUCAUUAUUCAUCUGAUCAUCAGGCCCUCCCACAACGGGUACUCAACACUCCUUUGGGUAAUCUUUUGCCUCCGGAGUAUGCUGAUGUGGACAUCACUGCGUUGUUCCCCCACUACUCUCCCAACCUCAUUCCCAGGUGGGGUCGCAUAAUCAAUCUCCCCUAUCCCCCUCAGAAGUACGACAACCUCAAACACGAUCCAACUGAUUAUUCAGAGGAUGAAGGCUUAAUUGGCUUGACCAAGGGAGGAGGAGAGAAUUUGGAUGAAGUGAUUGACAGGUUUAAUUUAAUUUUUCGCAACUUCCUGAACCUUGGUGAAAUACCGACACACGCAAAACAGUUUGAAGAAGCGGAAAAAUUAGACGAGUUACAAGAGUUGCACCGAUCUCCGGACCCUAGUCAGAAUUACCUUGCGGGUGCGGAGCGCUCCUGGUGGCAGAUAGCCUUCGCAGAACGUCUGACGCGGCUGGAAAACAGCUCCUCCACGGCUUUCACUCAGGCUGCCCCUAAGGAGACGGAUUCCAAGAAGGACAGAAAAUCUAGGAAGAAAGCCUUAGCAACUGCUGUCAACGACGCUUCAACGCACAACAAUUCAACCUCUCUCGCCACACUUGAUGUGAAGGCGAAAUCAGAAGAAGGCGAGUCAUCAAGCAAUAUACAAUCGCGAUACUGUACGUGGCGGUUCGGUCCUGCGAAGUACUGGUAUGAUCAGUUGGAGAUACCCGAAACGGCGGACAUCACGAAGUGGACCAUGUGGCGCAAAAACGUCAUCCCUCCUGUUGCUGUGGCACCCACGCAAGCCGGAAUUCUCAACGUCGCUGACUGCAGGCACCCCACCUUGACUGUGGACUCGGAGACGAGGGCUGUUGCCGCAGAUUCGACAGAAGCUGUGACACAAGCAGGACCUCAGAUAUCACAUUUAAUUGGUGACGUAGACGAGGAAGAUGUGGUUAGUGGAACAGAGGGAGUGGAAGCGGAGAUGGAAGAUGAGGAGGAAAUGUUCCUACCCUACAAGCUUAUACAGUGGGAAGACGACAUCAUCUACGAUCCCCAAUUGAGUAACAACAAGGUGGCUGCAAGUGCCAGGCAAAACGCUGUCUAUGCUGGCUGGAUCCCCUCACAAGUUUGCCGUACUAUGGCUUCGUUUCAGGACAGUUACCAAGGCAAAUACCCAGGCAUCCUGGGCUACAAGGUACUGACCGGUUCAGGGCAGAUUGGCCAGUCGGCGGCGGGUAUGUCUGGAAGCAGUGCCAGUAGCACCGUUGUAUCUGCCUCCUCAACAUCCGUAACUGAUGCUCACAACCAGGCCGCUACUGCUCUGCGCUCCUCCGCCUGCUUCACCGGACCCUACUCCUUCUUUCCUGUUGAGAACCCUCAAAUCAUGGACGACAGUUGGCGUUUCGAUAUCAUCUACGACCCUCAGUGUCACACACCGGCAGUCGACACGCCAUUUCUACUCACCCUUAACAAAAAUGAUGAGCAGAGUCUUCUCGACACUUUAGUUAACGACGACGAGCUCAUGGUGGUGAAUGCCCCGAGCGCCCUGAAAAAGAAGCAGCCGGAGCACAUGCAAGAUGGUCACAUCAACCGAGCCAGCUUUCACGUCACCUUCGGUUUUGCAUCCACUCGUGGCACCCUAACCGGGGCUCUGGCGAAAGCAGAAAAGGGAGCGGAAAAAGUAAAGCGUAUCCUCGGCAAGCAUGGGUUCCUGGCUGAGGGCGAGUGGAACGAGGAGAGUGCGGAGAGCGAUGAUAACGCGGAGGGCGGCGAGGAUACGAAUCAAGAGACAGCGAAUAUGGCUUCAGCGGCAGCAGCUGCCUCGGGUCUGCCCCCCAAGGACCCCCUCAACCUCUCUAACGAUGAAUUUUACGCCAUUCGCUCCGGUGGCCUAUUCGGCAACCUUGCACGUUGUGGCCCACUUCAACACAGUACUCCCGCUGUAGAGCUCUGGCCACCCUUCUUCCCCACUUACAACACUCCCUCUCGUCUCAGGCAGUUUCAUCGUGUCCCUCUCAAGCAAUACACUCGUGGUAUGAUGUCCCAGUUCAGCACACCUAUUUCUGUGAACAACCUUACGAGGAUAAUUCAGAGGAAAUCCAAGGAACGAGAAGAAGAGAAGAUAGCUGCCGGGGGCGGCGAUAUUUUCUUCAUGCGGACGCCACAGGAUCUCUCUGGCUUCGAUGGGGAAGUAGUUCUCUUCGAGUACUCCGAGGAAUUUCCACCACUUAUGAAUCAAAGCGGUAUGGCGACAAGGCUGGUGAAUUACUACAGACCCCUGCUGCCGAAAGAUCCGUCUCUCUCCCCCGACCCAGCAGGCAAUAGUUCACCCCCGGAUCUCCCUUAUGGCUCACUAGUUAAUGUAGGGAACACUGAUUCACCCUUUUUGGGUGUUGUGCGUCCAGGUGGAUGCCUCCAGAGCAUGGAGAACAACAUGUUCCGAGCGCCAAUCUAUCCUCACAAGACACCCUCGACAGACUUCCUGGUGAUUCGCAACCGCAAUGGUCUAUGGAUCCGGCGAGUGCCGAACGCCUUCACGGUGGGUCAGGAGGUUCCGUUGAUGGAGGUCCCAGGACCCAAUUCGAAGCGCGCCAAUAACUUCGCGCGCGACUUUCUUCAGGUUUACAUUCUCCGCCUCUUCCUCAAGAGCACUGAUGAGCCAAAACGAAUCAAGAUGGAGGAGAUUCGCUCCGCUUUCCCCAACCACUCCGAGAGCAGUGUCCGCAAACGCCUAAAGAUUUGCGCUGAUUUCAAGCGAACCGGUGUGGACGCCAGUUGGUGGGUCCUGCGUCCAGACUAUCGCCUGCCCUCUGAGGAGGAGAUUCGCUAUCUAGUGCAGCCAGAGGACUUUUGCGCCUUCUUCAGUAUGCAGGCGGCGGAGCUGCGUCUCAAGGAUGCCGGCUAUGGCGAGAAAUCGCUGUUUGUUCUUGAUGAAAAUCCCGAGGAGGAGGAGGAGAAGGAAGGCCAGCCCAAAAUGGAGGACGAGGUGCGGGCGGCGCCGUGGAACACGACGAGAGCUUACUUAGCGGCGCAGCGUGGCGGCUGCUUCCUAGAGCUGCAUGGACCCGCAGAUCCCACUGGGUGUGGGGAGGCAUUCUCGUACUCUAAGACCUCUGCCAAGCCUGGCGCUCUCUUCCGUCAGGCUGGCGGGGAAGUAGCGCGAGGACUCCUAAAGGAUAAGAAGACCGUUACCGGCACCGACGCUGAUUUGCGGAAAUUGCACCUUCGAGAGGCCAGAGCGCUUCUCCGUUCCUUUGGUAUUAGCGAGGCUGACCUUAAGACCUUCAAACGUUGGGAGAUAAUUGACAUGGUGCGAUUUACUUCAACGGAGCGUGCAAAGCAGGGAGAGGAGGAGAGCACAGCCAAAUUUGCGCGUGGCAAUCGUCUCUCUAUGGCAGAGCAGAUACGAUGCUACCGGGAGGAGUGCCAACGAAUUUUUGAUCUGCAGAAUCGCGUCCUUUCCAAUCCCGAGUUACUCUCCUCGGACGAGGAGGAGGAAGAGCCCAGCUCAGAGGAGGACGAGGAUGAUGGCAAGGUCGGCGCUUCCGGGGCCGGCGGAGGCAGUGGUAGUGGUGGCGCCUCCUCCAACGCCAUCGGUGGGGUUCGACUCUCUAGUCUCCCCUCCUCAAACCAACAGUCCGUGCGCAACGUCCACUCUCUCCUUACUAAUCGAAUCACCUCGGAGGAGCUGCGAGAACGUCAGGAGGAGGCUGAACGCGAGAAUCUUAAACGGAGUAUGGAGCUCGGGAAAUCGCUAUGUUCAAGUAAAAACAAACGUAAGCAGAACCCGCAAGGAGCGAUACCGAAUGCAAGCGACGCGGCUAAUGCACAACAACAACAACCCGGAGUGGUGGCGGCAGAGGUUGAGACUACAGCGCUAGUGGUGUACGAAGCGAGCGCGGCGUCAGCGGGCACUAUUCUCGACUUGCCUGCACCUUUCCCCAACGCCCAGAAGAAGAUGAUCCGUAUUACUCGCACCUACUGUAAGGGCACCGAUCGCGAGUACUCCCGUACUGAAGUAGUACCUUGGUCCCCUGUGGUUGAAAUUUACCUUAAGAUCAAACAGACUCGUGAUCUUGAGCAGAUUCACACCUUCGUAGGCUCCGAUGAACAGUUCAAAGAGCAAAGACGGAAGGAGAAACGGCGAAUCCAGGACCAGCUGCGUCGAGUCCGCAAGCAGCAGGAGCUGCUGCGUGCUCGGGGCAUGGCGGAUGGAGGUGCACCUCUGAGAGACGCCAGUGGUCGUCUUCUGCCCAUCAACCGUUUGCCUGGUUCUGGUCCCGUUCCCUCCUCCUCUCGCCGCCGCCACAAACCCUCCAGCAACAUCCUCAAAAUGCGUUGUGGUGCUUGCGGCCAAACUGGCCACAUGCGCACAAACAAAGAAUGUCCGAUGUACGGGCGAAAUGACGCUGUGGCGCCCCCUCCGCCGGGCGGAGGGCGCAGUGGUUCGCGCCGCGUGCUGCCACCGGGCGUCGAGCCAGAGACGGUCGCAGCUGCACAGGAGCUCACUUCAAAACCCGUCGCCGAGCUCCUCGCUGCCACUGGCGGUGGCGUGGCCAUUGGAGGCGGUGGUGGGGGCGGUGAUGGCAGUGGAGGCGUGGGCUAUGAUGCUGGCGACACCGAUUCUGCCGCUUUUGGUGAUGCACCGCGCAGUAUUGGCGCUUCUCGCCUCUCUGACGACUCCGAUGACGCCUUCGACCAUCAUCGCGGAGAUUACGAAUGCUAUGAUGCUCAUGACGAGGAUUCUCGCACGCAGUUUGAUAGCAGUCGUGGGAGGCCGAAUGCAAGCCUCGGACGAUACCUGGACCCUCAUCAGCCCCCAAGACGCCACGACUUGAAGAUGACGAUAAGCAAGCAGCUGCUAGACCGGUUGGACGCGGCCAGCGAGGUAGUGCGCUACGUAGAGGCUGCCAACCAACGCAGUCGUACUUCAAUCUCAGGAAGCGGUGGCAGGGGAGGCGCUGGUGGCGGUAGCCGCAGACGCAGUACCCUUGCAAGUGCGGCUGACGAUGACUAUCCCACUUCUACCAUCAAGCAUCGUGGCAACCGACGGCGCAUCGAUCCCCGAGUCGCCAUCAACCACAUCUUUGAGGGCAUCUACAAAGGUCUUUCACAGAUUCCUGGCUGCAAGAUUUUUAUGCAUCCAGUGAAGGAGAAGGAUUUUCCAAAUUACUACAAGCAAAUUCAACAUCCUAUGGAUCUUUCUCAAAUUCGCAUGAAAAUAAACCAGAACGCCUAUUCUACUCGAGAAGAGUUUCUCUCAGACAUUCGUUUAAUUCAUGAUAACUCGGAAAAGUUUAACGGCCGUUUUUCAUCAUUAACGGAAACCGCGAUGAAGAUGUGCUCCUUCGUAGCGGAGGAGUUUUGUCAGAAAGAAAUGAAGCUUAUGCGGUUGGAGCCGCUGGUAAACCCGCUGUUGGACGAAAACGACCUUGUUCGACUGGGAUUUUUGCUCCAGAAGGCUGUAAAUGCUAUGCGUGGUGUUGAAAACAGUCGUGCCUUUCACUUCCCCGUUGAGAAGCGUCGCUAUCCUGACUACUACAAGGCAAUUGCACAGCCUAUGGACCUAUCGACGUUGGAGAAAUUAAUAAAGGAUAAUCGUUAUCACAGUCGUGAAGAGUUCUUUAAUGACGCAGAUCUUAUCCUCUCCAACUGUCGUCAGUACAAUGGUGACGAGAGUGUGCUCACGAGGAUCGCUCGGAAGAUGCUCGAUGUCGCCCACUCCACCCUUGAUGAGAUGGCGGAGACCAUAGAGACAAUCGAGGAGAACAUUCGACAACGGUUGGAUGACAUUUCGACUGCGGACUCCCAAUCUCAACAUGGGGGAACAGCCUCCAUUGAUUUGACUGGGCCCUCGACUUCAAAAGCGAUUAAGCGAUUCCUCAAACAAUCAUGCGAUCCCGAGAUUUCCUCCAAAAAUCCUUUGUAUUCGGUGCCCGAAGAUGGCACUGACUCUACUAAUGGGGUCAAGAGGCGAAAGGUGGCCGAUGAUGGGGAAAAUUCCUCCAGGGGUAGUCUCCGGUCAUUUUCUGCGCAGGAGGACGAGGAAGAAGGGGAGUUCCACUAUGAAACUGAGACUGAAAGUCGAUUUUUCCCAACUUUGCAAAAUGCAGACUCCGAGAAUAACGACCUUCAAAGGCCAUCCACCACCCCAGCGGUGCCCAAUGUCUAUGUUGAUGAGGAUAGCAGGUUCUUAAUGGAUGAACGGAGUUCCAUAGUGGCUGCACAGGACACACUAGUAGCCCAAGACCUGCAGUUGACAAGCUCUGAGUCUAGUGGAGACCUCUCAGAACGCGAGGGCGGAGAGUUAAUGGACGACUCCGUAGUCGGUACCGCUGCUGCGGCUCUUUCACGACCGCCUUCGCGCUACUCGCCUGACUUGGCUUCUGACCACGCGAAUGACUGCUUCGACUCGCGAUCUGAAGGCACUCCCGUCGUAGACGUCAACGAUGGCAGUGACAGCAACGCUGGUGACAGACCAGUUAAGCGUCAGCGGGUUGAAUUUUUCAUUGGAAGUGAUGAAGAAGAUUGGGACUCUGGAGAGUAG